AUAAAGCCUCUACAACCGAGAAAGGCGUUCAUUACCAGAUGCUCGAUCUGUUUGGGUGCUCUAUUUGUGUUUUGUUAUCUGUAAUUUCUUUCCCAGUGUUACCAUUGCAGCGUAAUACAUACUAAACGGCAAUGAGUGACGCCGAGAAGGAAUUCGUGGAGCGGGAGUCCCGUUCGACCUCUAGGAGCCCAAGUCCUAGAGGAUCUGCUAAGUCAGCCAGUCGCUCGCCGGAACGCUCACCUGCUCAGUCCAAAGAGGGGUCUCACCACUCGAAGUCCCGCUCUCGCUCCAGGUCCAAGACUCGGUCCCGUUCCCAUCGGAGUUCUCGCCGACAUUACAGUCGUUCCCGUUCACGCUCUCAUUCUCGCCGGAGACGUUCACGCAGCCGCUCAUACAGCAGCGAAUACCGCCGCCGCCACAGUCAUAGUCAUUCUCCUAUGUCCAACCGUAGGCGUCACGUCGGAGACCGGGCGAACCCAGACCCAAACAGCUGCCUGGGAGUGUUUGGCCUGAGCCUGUACACCACAGAGAGAGACCUGAGGGAGGUCUUCUCCAAGUUUGGCCCUCUGAGUGACGUCAGCAUUGUGUAUGACCAGCAGUCUCGGCGCUCCAGGGGUUUUGCCUUUGUCUACUUUGAGAACAGAGAAGAUUCAAAAGAGGCUAAGGAGCGAGCAAAUGGUAUGGAACUAGAUGGCCGCAGAAUCAGAGUUGACUACUCGAUUACCAAGAGGCCACACACACCUACUCCAGGAAUAUAUAUGGGCAGACCAACAUAUGGCGGAGGCCCGAGUGUAAGCCGUCGCCGUGACUGCUAUGAACGAGGCUAUGAACGUGGAUAUGAUCGCUAUGAUGACCGCGACUACUACAACAGCAGGUCAUACAGGAGAAGAUCCCCCUCUCCCUACUACGGACGAGGACCGUACAGGUCAAGAUCACGCUCUCGCUCCUACUCCCCUCGUCAUUACUGAAGUGAAGUUUGACUCCUCUUGCCAUCCCUGAAGAUGUUGAUGACAUUCUUGUUGACGUAGAUGUUUAUUUCUGGUGGCAUGAGUUUGGAUGUACUUUAAACUCAAUCCCUUUGAUUUCUUGCCUGAAGGUUUCACAUGACUUUGACUGAUCUGGAUGAUGUUUCAGUAGUUUGAAUAUUUGUGCACAGAUUUUUUUUUUUUUUUUUUUAAGUUUCUGGUCUGAUGCUGAACUUGCGUUUGUUUUAUAUGAUAAAGUGUCCUCCUCACACCCCAUUAUGUUUUUAUGCGUUUUAAGCUUGGCAGUGAUGUUGCAAUAAACUGCUUUAUACCUCCCA